AUGCACCCAAUGAGACAAGCGGAACGUGGACAGGACAGCACCUUAUUGGCUGGGGGCUGCCCAGCUUGGGCGGCCGGUAGCUGUCCAAUGAAGUACGAAGACUUCUCCCACCGUCGAGAGAAAGCCCCAGGUACCCCGCUCCUAGGUCCAUCUAGCGGGGGUUUUUUGACCGGUAAACUGCCCCUCACCGUGUUUUUUACUGGAGUGACCUCUCCAGGGGCGGGUGUGGAUAGAGGAAGGAAGCCAGGAGGUGCCCAAGCAGCUCGCCUUAAUUUACCAACCAACUCAUUGGAGCAGUUCUGCAUCAACUACACCAAUGAGAAUUUACAGAGGUUUUUCAACUUCUACAUAUUCGAAUUGGAACAAGAAGAGUAUAAAAAGGAACAUAUCGAUUGGCAGUACAUUGAAUUCCCGGAUAAUCAACCAAUCAUUAAUCUAAUCGCUGAAAAACCGACUGGUAUCAUCCACAUUUGCAACGAUGAAGCCAGUUUGGCCACAGUAAGCAAUAUCAUUUAUUAUUGA